UGCUCUGACUAACGGCCACCACAAUUAUUGGUUGCAAAUUAUUCGUUGACGUUAAUUAACUAACUAACAACAAAUAAUCAUUUAAUUUAGCAUACUUCCAAUUUGUUGAUUUGAGAUUUGUCUUAGGAGUCGUUUUUCUCAUUUGAUUUUCAUCCUACUUCUUUCAAUAAGGUCUACUUUUCAAAGAUGUCCCUCUUCGCUUGUUUGCUGUUACGUAUCACAUGAUCAUUUUAGUUUUAUAUGUUUAUGGACUUGUAGUAAUGAAAUUAUUCAUGCAAUAAUAAAAUGGAAAAAUAUCCUUUUUUAUGGAAAAAUAUCCUUAAACUACAUAAAAGUUUGGCCUUUGGUAAUAUAUAGUUAUAUACUAUUAGAUAUUUUUUUUUUCAUAAGCAUAUAGUAUUUUUAAAAGCGGAAAUAAUGAUUAAAAGAAAAUAUGUGCAUUAAAGAAAACAAAAGAAAACCACGGCCUCCGGAAAAGACUUGAAGAAAUUUAUACCGAGUCGAGAAAUAAAACCUAUGGAAAAAGUGAACAAAAAUACCGCGUAAUUAUAUGAGGACUCUUCUUAACUCGUCACGAUCUCGCCACGUGUCCUACUAAAGCCCCUUAACUUCCUCUUUUAACCGCCAAAUGAAACCAACUACGUACAUACACACAUUCCCCAUUAACUCCUCCUCCUCCUCCUCCUCUGAUCACAACACCUAUCACUAAUGGCUGAUGAAGAUCGUAUGACGUUAGCACCGACAGAAAUCUAUGGACGGAGCGAUGAAGAACAACAGAACGGACCAAAAAUCUGGCGUCGGAAAACAGAGGAGCCUCCAGGAAACUGUCUUGUCUACUCCUUAACAAUCAUCGUCAUCGUCUUCGCAGUCUGCCUCAUCCUCUCCUUGAUCUUUCUCCGUAUCUCAAAACCAGAGAUCGAAACCGUAUCUAUAUCCACAAGAGAUCUCCUAUUCAGCGGCAACUCAACGAACCCUUACUUCAACGCGACGCUAGUGAGCGAUAUCUCGAUUCGAAAUUCGAACUUCGGAGCUUUCGAGUUCGAGGAUACUUCGUUGAGGAUUGUUUACGCUGAUCAUGAAGUUGUGGGAGAGACGACGAUUGGCGGGAGACGGGUAGAGGCUCAUAAGACGGUUAGAGUAACCGGGAUUGAGGCUGAGAUCGGUUCGUUUCGGUUAUUGAAUACGAGGGGUUUGGAUUCGGAUUUGAGGUCUGGGUUUUUGGAACUGACAAGUGUUGCUCAGGUUAGAGGAAGGAUUAAAGUGAUGGGAAGGAGAAAAUGGAAAAUUGGUGUGAUGAGUUGCACCAUGAGACUUAAUUUAAACGGCCGGUUUAUUCAAAAUUUGUUAUGUGAUUAGUAGUUAGUUUUUUUUUUUUUUUGUCAACGAUUAGUAGUUAGUUAUUGAUCGGUUUUGUUAUCCGGUUCAGAAUAUUAUUAUUCUUCGUUGUUUUGUCUGUUUUGCGAUAUUUUCAUGGUCUUUGACUCUUUUGUAUAUGAAUUAUGAAAUACUUUUGUUUACGAAAUACAUACCUAAAAGGUUAGCGCGUUAAGAAAAUGAUAAAUUAUUUUCUCAAUGGUAGAAUAAAUGCACAUUAAGAAUACUUUCCCAUUGUUUAGUACUAAUACCCCACAUUUUGAUUAGUACUCCGGUUAAGAAGAUUUCUUUGUUGUUAUAUAUGCUUUUGCGAUAUUGUAAUUUUAGGGGGGCUUAUUGAAUUAAGGGUUUGAGUAGGUUUUGAAGAUUUUAAGAUUUAGAGGGUUUUGUUGAAUUCUAUGAUUUUGAUGUAGGGUUUUGUUGAAUUCAAGGAUUUGGAUGGAGAUUUAAAAGGAAACUUUGGUAGGAUUUGGUAAGAUAUUUCUAAACUAUUUUAAUAAUAAAUUCGGCCACAACUUUCUAUUCCUAUUUGUAUCUAAGAUCUAUGGAUAUAGGUUGGUAGGGGAAAAAUAUAUAUUUACGGUUGUUAUAUAUUGCUCUGAUUUUGUGGCUAAAGUAUUGACAUAUAUAUAGGUUGCCGGAUGAAUAUAUCUGUUAAUAUAUUGCUAAUCUAUGUUUCCAUAUAACAGGACACAAAUAAAGAUGCAGAUUUCAAGCUCAACUGGAAGCGAGUAGCUAUCACAAGCAUGUUUGGACUUGGUUUUGUUGGUAAUGUUGGCCACUUCUGGUUUCUUUCCUGCUUCUUUCAUAAUCAUUUAGCUAUAAAUGCUCAUGUUUGCAUCUCACCUAAUCCAGCAAAACUGUUAUACUUGCGGUAUCGCAGGUACGGAGGCCUUGAUAUAAAAGCUUUGAUAUGUACCGAAGUCAACACGUUUUGUGGCACAGUGGCAGCCAAAGUGGCAAUGGAUGGUCUUAUAUUUGGCCCCAUAGAUCUACUUAUAUUCUUCACAUAAUGGGAUAAGCUACGGGCAAGAACACAUCUCAAGUUAAAGAAGGACUCAAGACAGAUUUUCUACCAGCUAUAGCUCUUGAAGGCGGAGCAUGGCCGCUUCUUCAGAUCGCAAACUUCUGAUACAUUCCUGUUCAAUAGCAACUACUUUACGUCAACAUCUUUUGCCUGAUAUAUUGUUUUAGGAGAUGUUGAAGACGGCAAGAGAAGUAAGGUUUGUUAGCUGAAGAGGUAUGUUUCCAUGUACCAUCUAAAGCUACUGCAUACAACACUGAUGCAAAUGUCUCAACCCUCCAAAUAACUCAUUCUGACUCAAUGGAAACUGAUUCUGUCCCUCCUAUAAGCUCACCAGCAGAUAAUUCCACAUCUAUUAGCGAUUCUCUAUCUGAUAUAGUAUGUGUUCCGGAAACUACACAAUUUAACACGGAUUCUGGUUUCAUUGGGAACAUCACUACAUCAACUUCUGUUUCACCUACUUCUUCUGCUCCUUUAGUCUUUGCUGCUGCACACUACCACUGUCUACCCUUGUGGUGGAUUUGAAAUGUAAAUCCAGUGUAGAUGGCCUCCGAGAUAGUUGCUUACAGUUAAGUGAUGCAAAAGGAUCAAACAGAUUUGCUAAUCUAGUCAUGUUAGAAGAAGAUAUACAGCUGGAUGUUGUGACCUCCCCCUCUCAGUCUAUGUCCCCAUCAGUCGAAACCAACGCUCAAUUUGUUUAUAACUCUUCCGUGCCUUCAACGCCAUCUUCAUUUUCAGACCUUUUUGUGGACGAUGUUGUGGCUACAAGCUCCGAUAGUUUUGAUAUGGCGCAAAGAUCUCGUGGAGAUCGUAGUAAAUAUGAAAUAAUCUUUUUUUUCUUCUUAAAUUCCAUCUCUUUAGAUGGUAUUUUGUUCUAUUGGAUUUGAAGGGUAAAUGAUAGUUUUUAAUAAUCCAAAAUAACUUUUGAUGAAUCUCAUUGAUGAAAUCCAUAUUUUCCAAUAAAGGGUGAUUUAAAAGAGUUUUUAUAAAUGAUACAUCCAAUAAAGGAGGAUUUGUAAUUUUUUUUAUAAAUACCUAAUCCAAUAAGGGAGAAUUUGGCAAAAACCUAAAAUUUUAUGAAAUCCCUAAUCCAAUAAGCCCCACUUAGUCUUUGUAUAUGAAGAGGAAUAUUUUUGUUUAC